AGAUGAUCGUGAACUUUGUGAAUUUCUUCCUGCUCUGGCCUUUGUGUCUGGCACAGACGGAUGACAUUUCUCAGCCGGUUCCUUUCCAAAUGGUGAAGAUUGGAGACUCGGCUACUAUUGAAUGUCACAUAAAAAGUAUCAUACAAAAGAAAGUCUGGUACAAAUACACGUUGGGGAAGAGACUACAGCUUGUGGUAGCAUUUAAUGAUAAAUAUAAUUGGAGUGAAAUUUCAGAGGAAUUUCCUAACCGUUAUUCAGCCAAAUUUAACGGAACCAAAAUCCACCUGAGCAUAUCUGCGACAACAUGGGAAGACGUUGGAACAUACUUCUGUGGAGUCGUGCAAUUAAAAGACAUCCAAUUUGGAUCGGGAACCUUUUUGAUGCUGAAAGGUGCAAACAUGAUCAGUGAGUCUGUCAUCCAGCAGCCUGAGUCAAAAUCAGUCCAGCCAGGAGACUAUGUGACCGUCAGCUGCUCACACACAGGCCACUGUGCAGCAAAACACACUAUUGUCACGUGGCUGAAGAACUCUCAGCAUUCUGCUUCACAAAUUAUUUACUUCUCUGGAAAUGGGACCUGCCAGAGGAAAGAGAGUGGAAAAACAACCUGCGUGUACAGACUUCUUCUGAGGGACCUCAGCUCUGAUGAUGAUGCAACCUACUACUGUGUCGUGACUUCCUGUGGACAGACACUGGUUGGAAAUGGGACCAGAAUUUAUAUUCACAACAAUGCUUUCGAAUCACAACUAAAUCCAACCAUUAUUGCACUGAUGCUGUCCAACGUCGCUCUUGGGAUUAUGACAGUCAUCCUCAUAUCCACUCUUUGCAAGAGCCGGAGGAGAAACUCCACAGCGUCAACUGAUGGAUCUUCAGAAGAUCAUCAAACUAGUGAUGCAGUUACCUAUACAGAACCCAGAAUCCUGCCCCGCAGACAAGCUGCAGUGAGAUACUGUGAAGGUUCUGUCCUAUAUUCAGACGUCAGACACUGUCAACCGAACCGAGAAGAUUCAUCUUAAGAAGGCGGACAACAAGGACGAAUUAAGACUAUGGAGCAUGAAUGGAUAUGUCCUAUCAGAGCCGGCAGCAGACCUAAAUACAUGGGUGGCCAUUUGAUUUAGGGGUCGGGCCCAAGGUAAACAAAUCUGUUUAUUGAUCGUGCUGAUUCAUUACCAGCAUAUCUCCCUAUCUAUAUGUAACAUUAUGUGCAUCUGGAAGUUCACUGACCUGAAAACAACAUGGUUAAAGUAUAUUCCUAUUUAAGUAUUGAAAACACAAAUUAACCGGGGCAUUGGCGACAACGGCCCAGCAGAAUGAUAAAGUAGGAACAACCAAAAUAUUGAAGCUACCUGGAACCUCUGUAGGUUCAACAUUUUGAUUAAAAAAAGCAAUUUUUCUAUGUGUUCUGUCCACUCAUUUACAUGCAAAGAUCACGUCUGGAUCAUUGAAAACUGUAUAUUUGUAAAGUGACUGCUAACACGCUUGUAUAUUUUAAAGAUUACAUAUUAAUGUGAUGUGAAAAUAUUAAAGCUUUGCCAUGUCUGCCUGUGGCGCUGAGGGCUGACUAUUCUGUGGAUUGAUGUAAUAUGUGAUAAACUGUAUAAUGUACUGC